GAGUUGUAGGCCUCCGGCCUCAGCCCGCGGGCUGCCGCCUGCACUCUCCAAGAGACUGCUGGCGCCGGCGCCCGCCCGCGCGGCACCGACGCGGGGAGCGCGCUUCGCGCUGACUCAGCGGCGGCGGCGGCGGCGUUAGCCGGCCCUCGCGCUCUUUCCCUUCCUGGGGCGCUGACCCCGCCCGCUUGCUUGCUUGCUUGCUUGCCUGCCUGCCUGCCUGCCCGGCGCCACGCAAGAGAAGGUGCCAGGGGACGCGGAGCGACUAGAGGCGCGCGGUCCCGGCCAGCUCCGUCUCUGGCGUUGGCGCUGCGGCCGUGGCAGAGGACUGCGGCGACAAGGACGAGGGCCGCUCUCCCAGCUCUCUGCGUGCCGCGCCGCUCCGCUCCGCUGGCUGACCAUCUGGAGUGCAGGCUGGGAGGCGGGAUGGAGUGAUAGGGAAGAUGUUUAUAAAUUCUUCUGUGGGAUCAGAGGGCACACCUAUUAUAACCAGAAAACUCCAAGUAUAGCAGCAAGGAUGGAUGAACAGGCUCUAUUAGGGCUAAAUCCAAAUGCUGAUUCAGACUUCAGACAAAGGGCCCUGGCCUAUUUUGAGCAGUUAAAGAUUUCCCCAGAUGCCUGGCAGGUGUGUGCAGAAGCUCUAGCCCAGAGGACAUACAGUGAUGAUCAUGUAAAGUUUUUCUGCUUUCAAGUACUGGAACAUCAAGUUAAAUACAAAUACUCAGAACUAACCACUGUUCAACAACAGCUAAUUAGGGAGACGCUCAUAUCAUGGCUGCAAGCUCAGAUGCUGAAUCCCCAACCAGAGAAGACCUUUAUACGAAAUAAAGCCGCCCAAGUCUUCGCCUUGCUUUUUGUUACAGAGUAUCUCACUAAGUGGCCCAAGUUUUUUUUUGACAUUCUCUCAGUAGUGGACCUAAAUCCAAGGGGAGUAGAUCUCUACCUGCGAAUCCUCAUGGCUAUUGAUUCAGAGUUGGUGGAUCGUGAUGUGGUGCAUACAUCAGAGGAGGCUCGUAGGAAUACUCUCAUAAAAGAUACCAUGAGGGAACAGUGCAUUCCAAAUCUGGUGGAAUCAUGGUACCAAAUAUUACAAAAUUAUCAGUAUACUAAUUCUGAAGUGACGUGUCAGUGCCUUGAAGUAGUUGGGGCUUAUGUCUCUUGGAUAGACUUAUCCCUUAUAGCCAAUGAUAGGUUUAUAAAUAUGCUGCUAGGUCAUAUGUCAAUAGAAGUUCUACGGGAAGAAGCAUGUGACUGUUUAUUUGAAGUUGUAAAUAAAGGAAUGGACCCUGUUGAUAAAAUGAAACUAGUGGAAUCUUUGUGUCAAGUAUUACAGUCUGCUGGGUUUUUCAGCAUUGACCAGGAAGAAGAUGUUGACUUCCUGGCCAGAUUUUCUAAGUUGGUAAAUGGAAUGGGACAGUCAUUGAUAGUUAGUUGGAGUAAAUUAAUUAAGAAUGGGGAUAUUAAGAAUGCUCAAGAGGCACUACAAGCUAUUGAAACAAAAGUGGCACUGAUGUUGCAGCUACUAAUUCAUGAGGAUGAUGAUAUUUCUUCUAAUAUUAUUGGAUUUUGUUAUGAUUAUCUUCAUAUUUUGAAACAGCUUACAGUGCUCUCGGAUCAGCAAAAAGCUAAUGUAGAGGCAAUCAUGUUGGCCGUUAUGAAAAAAUUGACUUACGAUGAAGAAUAUAACUUUGAAAAUGAGGGUGAAGAUGAAGCCAUGUUUGUAGAAUAUAGAAAACAACUGAAGUUACUGUUGGACAGGCUUGCUCAAGUUUCACCAGAGUUACUACUGGCCUCUGUUCGCAGAGUUUUUAGUUCUACACUGCAGAACUGGCAGACUACACGGUUUAUGGAAGUUGAAGUAGCAAUAAGAUUGCUGUAUAUGUUGGCAGAAGCUCUUCCAGUAUCUCAUGGUGCUCACUUCUCAGGUGAUGUUUCAAAAGCUAGUGCUUUGCAGGAUAUGAUGCGAACUCUGGUAACAUCAGGAGUCAGUUCCUAUCAGCAUACAUCUGUGACGUUGGAGUUCUUCGAAACUGUUGUUAGAUAUGAAAAGUUUUUCACAGUUGAACCUCAGCACAUUCCAUGUGUACUAAUGGCUUUCUUAGAUCACAGAGGUCUGCGGCAUUCCAGUGCAAAAGUUCGGAGCAGGACAGCUUACCUGUUUUCUAGAUUUGUCAAAUCUCUCAAUAAGCAAAUGAAUCCUUUCAUUGAGGAUAUUUUGAAUAGAAUACAAGAUUUACUAGAGCUUUCUCCACCUGAGAAUGGCCACCAGUCCUUACUGAGCAGCGAUGAUCAACUUUUUAUUUAUGAGACAGCUGGAGUGCUGAUUGUUAAUAGUGAAUACCCGGCAGAAAGGAAACAAGCCUUAAUGAGGAAUCUGUUGACUCCACUAAUGGAGAAGUUUAAAAUUCUGUUAGAAAAGUUGAUGCUGGCACAAGAUGAAGAAAGGCAAGCCUCUCUAGCAGACUGUCUCAACCAUGCUGUUGGAUUUGCAAGUCGAACCAGUAAAGCUUUCAGCAACAAACAGACUGUGAAACAAUGUGGCUGUUCCGAAGUUUAUCUGGACUGUUUACAGACGUUCUUGCCAGCCCUCAGUUGUCCCUUACAAAAGGAUAUUCUCAGAAGUGGAGUCCGUACUUUCCUUCAUCGAAUGAUUAUUUGCCUGGAGGAAGAAGUUCUUCCAUUCAUUCCAUCUGCUUCAGAACAUAUGCUCAAAGAUUGUGAAGCAAAAGAUCUCCAGGAGUUCAUUCCUCUUAUCAACCAGAUUACGGCCAAAUUCAAGAUACAGGUAUCCCCGUUUUUACAACAGAUGUUCAUGCCCCUGCUUCAUGCAAUUUUUGAAGUGCUGCUCCGGCCAGCAGAAGAAAAUGACCAGUCUGCUGCUUUAGAGAAGCAGAUGUUGCGGAGGAGUUACUUUGCUUUCCUGCAAACAGUCACAGGCAGUGGGAUGAGCGAAGUUAUAGCAAAUCAAGGUGCAGAGAAUGUAGAAAGAGUGUUGGUUACUGUUAUCCAAGGAGCAGUUGAAUAUCCAGAUCCAAUUGCACAGAAAACAUGUUUUAUCAUCCUCUCAAAGUUGGUAGAACUCUGGGGAGGUAAAGAUGGACCAGUGGGAUUUGCUGAUUUUGUUUAUAAGCACAUUGUCCCCGCAUGUUUCCUAGCACCUUUAAAACAAACCUUUGACCUGGCAGAUGCACAAACAGUAUUGGCUUUAUCUGAGUGUGCAGUGACACUGAAAACAAUUCAUCUCAAACGGGGCCCAGAAUGUGUUCAGUAUCUUCAACAAGAGUACCUGCCCUCCUUGCAAGUAGCUCCAGAAAUAAUUCAGGAGUUUUGUCAAGCGCUUCAGCAGCCUGAUGCUAAAGUUUUUAAAAAUUACUUAAAGGUGUUCUUCCAGAGAGCAAAGCCCUAAGGACUGGAUUUCCCUGUGCCUACUUCAUGAUCAGGAAUUCCAGUUAAUUUAUAAAGAGGCGAUUUUUGUGUGCCAUUCACAAUGGUCUUUUUCACAUUGUUUUGAGCUUACUGCAGUAUAUGUUUUGGGAUUUUUCUGUAAAAUGGGUGUAAUUUUCCUAAUACAGGUAUGUAACAACAAAAGAAGUUGCCUGCAUGCCAGUCCAAAUUGUUCUGUAUAAAGAUGCUCUUAAAAGACACAAGAGUUAUCCUAGAACCUUAAUUCUUUUUUAUUUGAAAUUUUAAGUCAAGUCCUUUAUAAAGACCAUAGCAGUGGAAAACAGUGUACUUUUUAAAAAAAUUGCUGAAUAUAAAAUGUUUGAAAAUUUUCUUUAUGUGUGAAGACACAUAAAGUAUGGGGGAAGACAACAAUCAAAACUAACUUUUUGUAGAUAGCCAUUUCAUUUCUUUAAACUGUUUCAAUGCCAAUAUGUAUUCUACAAAAGAGAAUGGUUUUAGGCUCCAGUGUUAUACUUUUUUUUAUAUAUAUAUAUAAAAAUAAAUUUUACGUAGUGAAAUCUACCAA